AUGGCAACUCCGCAAGCUCCGAUUGCCGCACUGAACCCAUUCGACCCAUCCCGAGAGAAGUGGAGGUCGUACAUGGUCCGAUUUCGGCAGUUCCUGCGAGCGCUUCGCCAGAUCGCUGCCAACUGUGAGUUCGAUAAUGUGGACAACGCCAUCCGAGACCGCGUUGUUUUUGGAAUGCGAGAUGUGGGUCUGCAAAAGAAGUUCCUCAGCCGAAAGAGGAUACCACUCAAAGACGUCCUCGACGAAGCAACAGCGGCUGAAACAUCCGAGAAGGCAGCCGCCGCGAUGUCCCGGCGCGGGGAGGACGACUAUCCCCGCAGCAGAAUGGUGCACCAGACAACCAUCGCUCACACAAGUGACGAGGGGACCACCAAGUUCCACGUGACGCUGAUGGCGGAAGGGUCACCGUGCAAGAUGGAGGUAGACUCCGGAUCCGCCUACUCCAUCAUGGACUGGCAGCACCUACAGCAGCUGAAGCCAUCCUGCAAGAAGACCCAGCUGAAAACCCCGAAGUCGAGGCUUGUGGACUUCAACGGAAAUCCCAUCGGAAUCCUGGGCAGAACCACCAUCCACAUCAGAUACAAGGACUUUAACGGAGAGCUGCCCAUCACCAUCGUGGAGAACAGCCGACCGAACCUGUUAGGAGUGGAGUGGUUUAAGCCGCUGGGGCUUUCCAUUGAGGGCAUCCACGAAAUCCAUAGGGACGAACUCGACACCAUCCUCGAAGAGUUCAAAGAAGUCUUCGAUGGUAAGCUGGGGAAAUUUGUGGGGAGGCCAAUUUCCUUCAAUCUGGACAAGGGAAUCACCCCAAUUAGGCUCAAGCCCUGCCGAGUUCCGUUUGCCCUGCGGCCUAAAGUAGACAAUCAGCUGGAUAAGCUGAUCGCCCAGGGCGUCCUGGAACCGAUCGAUCAUGCCUCAUGGGAGACCCCCAUUGUGACCCCACUGAAGCAUGAUGGGUCUGUGCGCAUCUGCGCCGACUACUGUUGUACCAUCAACAAGGCGUUGGCACAGAGUGCAUACCCAGUCCCAGUAGUGCAACACCUGCUGCAUUCCCUGGGAUCUGGCUCAAUUUUCGCGAAACUGGACCUGGCCCAGGCUUACCAGCAACUGCCAGUGGAUGAAAAAACGGUGGAGGCACAAACAGUUGUCACGCAUAGGGGGGCAUUCAAAUGUAACCGCCUCCAAUUUGGAGUCAGCGCUGCCCCAGGCAUUUUCCAAUCUAUGAUGGAACGCCUUCUCCAAGGCGUUCCAGGGGUGGUGCCUUACUUCGACGAUGUGCUCGUCUCAGGUGACUCAAGAGCUCAACUCCUUGAACGGCUCAGGCUUGUCCUGCAGCGGUUCAAGGCCAAGGGUUUGAGAGUCAGGUGGGACAAGUGCACCAUAGGAGUACAGGAAGUCGAGUUCCUGGGCUAUCUCAUCGAUAGCACUGGCCAGGCUUUCCUUGGGUUGCUCAACUUCUACGCCAUUUUCUUAAAACAGAAAGCCACAGUUGCUGAGCCACUCCACCGCCUGCUGGGGAAAGCGGCUUCCUGGAAGUGGGGCCAGGAAGAGGAAGCAGCAUUCUGGGCCAUCAAAGGACUAUUGACGUCCAAGAGCGUUCUCAUCCAAUACAGUGAGACGCUCCCCAUCAAGCUGACCUGUGAUGCAUCGCCUUACGGGGUGGGGGCAGUCCUCAGCCACGAACUGCCCAACGGCUCGGAAGCCCCGAUCGCUUACUUCUCGAAGACCAUGUCCGGCGCAGAACGGAACUACAGCCAGCUGGACAAAGAAGCCCUGGCCAUCGUGGCAGGAGUGAAGCGCUUCCACGAAUACCUCUACGGAAGACGCUUCACCGUAGUCACUGACCACAAGCCACUCCUGGGACUCCUCGCAGGCGACCAACCCACCCCGACCUUCAUGUCCCCGCGGAUGACGAGAUGGGCCAUCUUCCUAGCUGGCUACUCCUAUAGGCUCGUGCACCAGCCAGGCACAGCCAUAGGAAAUGCCGACGCACUCAGCAGAUGCCCAUCGAAGAAUCCAGUCGAAGACCCAGCCCCCAUGCUCCACCUAUUCCAUAUAGAUGAUGACGCCAGCUGUCCGGUGUCGUCCGCAGAUGUGGCCGUCCACACCCAAAAGGACCCCACACUCCGCCAAGUGAAGUCCUGGAUCCUCAGAGGGUGGCCAUCGGAAAAGACAGAGGAAAGGUUCAGCCCGUUCGCCAGGAAACAGAAGGAGCUGUCCACCAUAAAGGGCUGCCUGCUAUGGGGAGACAGGGUGCUGAUUCCAAGCACUCUGCAACGGCGGACGUUAGAGACUCUGCACAAAGGGCAUCCGGGCAUCGUCCGCAUGAAGGCUCUGGCACGGAGUUACGUCUGGUGGCCCUCCAUGGACAGAGACAUUGAGCAAUGGGUCUCCAGAUGUGACCCGUGCCAAGAAGUUCGCCCAGCGCCGCCACAAUCCGAUGUCGCGAAGUGGGAGACCCCCAGCAACCCCUGGUCGAGGAUCCACAUUGACUUCGCGGGUCCGAUGCAGGGGCGACACCUCCUCAUCGUGGUAGAUGCCUUCUCCAAAUGGCUCGAGGUGGUGCCCAUGGCAUCUACCACAACAGAAGCGACGAUCCGAGCCCUGCGCCGUCUGUUCGCCACACAUGGACUACCGGACGUGCUGGUCUCGGACAACGGCCCCCAGCUCACAUCCCUGGCCAUGGAGUCCUUCCUGGCAGGACUGGGCAUCCGCCACGCCCUGUCCGCCCCGUACAGGCCGGCCGGAAACGGACAAGCUGAACGCAUGGUCAGACUCACCAAAGAAGCCCUCACCAAGAUGGGCCCGGGAGACUGGCAAGAACGCAUAGACAACUUCCUCCUCACCCAGCACAUCACACCACAUGCCACCACCCACAAGAGCCCGGCCGAACUACUAAUGGGCAGAAGGUUGAGGUCACCCCUGGACCGGCUGCACCCCCAAUACAGCCCGGAAGUGACCGCAACCGCCAGCCGCCCGCUUCGCGCCUUCAGCAAGGGAGAU